AUGAAGAGGAAAGUUGCAAAAGUUGGGAAACUGAGACUUAGUCCUAAUGAAGAAACCAUGCUUCUGAAAGAAGAAUAUGAAAGAAGAAGAAAACUGAGGCUACAGCAAGUUAGAGAGCAACAGAAGUAUAUCGCCUUGCAGAUAAGACAGAAGGUAAAGGAGAGGAGAGAAGAACAGCUACAUCAGUUAGAGGAGGCACUGAGAGCUGAAUGGCAGAAAGCACAGGAUCAAAAGAUGAAAGCCUUAGAAGAACUGUAUUUAUCAAGCUUAAGAGCAAUUGGUGAGGGUCAUCGACAAGCCAGGGAGAACGAACCUGACUUAGAAGCUCUGGCAAAGCAAGCAGAGGAGAGGAAACAAAGAGCAGAGAUGAGACAUAGGAAAGCCCUGAAAGAGCAGAAGUACCAAAAAGAAAAGUUACUUCGUGAGCAAGCCCGCCGAACAAAUGCACGUAAACAUGCUCUAGAAGUGGAGAGACAAAGAGCAGCCAAAGUUGCAAGCCUGCCACCUCCUCCACCACGUCCUCUUGAGAAUUUUGAAGUGAAAAAGACUCCUGCAGUGAAGCCCUGUAGUGCUGACAACUUUUCUGUUACACGUUAUCAUAUUUCCGAACCUUACGUGGACAGAGAAGUGGAUGGAGAGCAGCCAGAUGCUCGGUUAGCUGCUGAAGAAGAAGGGAGACGUUUGGAGGAACUACACAGAGAGGCAGAGAGGGAGAGAAGAGAGCAGCUUGAAAAGGCACAUCUCAGAGGAAGUCAUGCCUUGAAGAAGGUCCAUUUGGCUCAGGACAGGGAAAGGCUAUUGAAAGAACUUGAGGAAAUGCAGAACAUGGAUCGGGUGCGCAGAAGACAGAUUGUAGCACAGAUGCCACCUCAACUUUUUGUGCCUGCCUACAAACGCAUGGCAAUAAAAGAAGAAUGGCAGAGAGAAUUGGAGUUUGCAUUUGAAGAUAUGUACAGUGAAGACAGGAAAAUGAAAGGAGACCUGAUUUUGCAGUUUGAGCCACAACCUUUGCCAGCCCCUUCUGACAGAUCUCAAGAUAAUGAUCUUGAUAUCUCUUUGGAGCAAGAAUCUGCUUGUGACACUCAACCAGAAUCUGCUUGUGAUACUCAACAAGAAUCGAAACAGAUGGUAGAAGAGGAGGUCCCUAAUGCAUCAGAAAAUCACAAAGAAGCAAAAACUCACCAACGUCUGUCAAAACUUGCCUUAAAGAAAUUGCUGAACAAGAUUAGAAGCCAAAAAGAGGAGUGGACAUCAAAAAGUGAGAAAGUGAUUCAAAGUGAAAUUGAGACUAUUGAAUCGGGCACAAUUGCUAGCGAAGAGAGACCAUUAUGUGAUUUAGAACUUAACUAUGAGCAACAGAAAAAUACAGUAUGUGAUGCCAAAGACUCUCUGAAAACAUUGGAAAAAACAGUUGCAGCUGAAAAGUCAGUUCUAAUCCAUCCUCAAGAGCAAGCAGUUAAAAUUAGAAGGGAAGAGGAGAGACAAAAGUGGAAUGAGCAAAUAGAGCAACAGAAACAGGAACAGCUGGCCUUGCUUAAACAGAUUGAAGAAGAAAGAGCACGUUUGGAGGCUGAUUUUCUGAAGAUGCAGAUGCAAACCUGUUUGGAGGAGGCUAAGAAAAAAAAAGAGGAGGAAGAGCAAGGUCAGCUGGUACAAAGCCACAGUGUUCCUUCUACAGUUCAGCAGAACAAAGUGGAACAUGAGACUGGUAAUACUACUGUAUCAGAAACCAGGAGUCCUAGAGAAGACAGCCAUUUACAGAUGAUUCGUAAUUACCAACAACGCCUUCUACAACAAAACAGGCUGCACAAACAGACCAUUGAAGAAGCUAGAAAGCAUCUACAGGAGUAUCAGAAUAAAUUGAAGCAAAGAUACUUGUCUACUUCUGCAACACCUCCAAGCUCUGUGGAAACAAAAUCAAUUAAGCCUGUCUCAGGUCCACUUCUACAGAGGCAUGGAGUGCAACCAAAACAAUACCAGUCAUCUGAACAAGUUCAUGCACAAGAGUAUGCACACUCGCUACCUGUAUCUUCAGGUUUUGAAAAUACAUUGAAUAUGUUGGAAAAACCAUCUGCACAGAAACAUGAAGACCAAAUGCAUAGCGUUUGUCCUGGUGCACAUGUGCAGUUUUUAGAAGCAUCGAAAUUGAAGCAUGGAGAGUUUCACUUGCCAUGUGGCUGUCCUUCACAGGAACAAGUCGGAAUGUUGGAAAACUCCAAUAAUCAUGUCAGAGAACCACCUCAGUUCCAGUUACUGUCAGCAUUAGUCACGAAAGAUGCCACUGCAGUAAGAACACAAACAGAAGCACGUGGACAACAUGUUAGAUUUGUUUUGCCAGCAGAAGAUUCCUCUCAGCCAUCAGAGACAGUGCACUUUAAAGAGUCAUCUCAGAAGAUGUCUAGCCAUCAAACAGAGACAGAAGCUGGAGAAAAAACCCCGCUUAAGGCACCCCUCACGCCAGCAACAAAGGCAUCUCAUAUAGUUCAGGCAGCCUCAGUAGAUUCUUCAUCAUAUCGGCAAGGAUCUGCAGAAACCACCAUCAAAACAAGCCUUGAACAAUCCUUCAAUCUUUCUGAACCCAUGACUUUAUCUCAUGAAGAAUCUAAAGCCCAUGGUGUAGAGGAAUUCUUGAUAUCAAAAAUGGAAAAUGCAUCUUUGUUAAAUUAUUCUGGUAUACUGAAUUUAAGGGACAGAGUAUUGGCCUCAUCCGAAAGCAUCCAAGCUCAGCAAAAGUAUUUGAAAGAACUGCAGGAGCAGAUAGACGCACAAAGAGAAGCUCUUCUUUCUAGACAGAAAAUACAAGAACAACUACUUUUACAGAAGCAAGAUAAACUGAAGGCACAGAUGCAGAGACAGCAAGAGGCUUUGAAAGAAUUUCUGAACAAACAGGUGACACAUAUCGGCAUGAACAAAGAAAUGACAGAGGCACAAAAGCCUGACCGGAUUAAUAGGACUGACUUUUUCCAAGUCUUAGAAAACUACCAGCAAGAGAAUUGUGGCAGGAGUAAAUUUCACGAGAGUGAAAUGAUUUCACAGUGCAUCAGUCCAGCUGAGCAAACUGAACAGUCUGAGGAAGUCCUAUGUAGAGAACAGAAACGAAGAUCUUCCAAACCACCUGUGGCAAAAGUAAAGUUAGGGCUUGAUUUGGAACAACAUGAACUUAGUGUUAUACCAGAGGUAGACACACCGAAAAGUUGCAACAUCUCUUUUGCAGAUAAAACAGAUUCUGUUGGUGGGGAAUCUUCUCCCAUUUCGACUAUUGGGGAGUUUGCAUAUGUGAAACGUUACAGUUGCACUCUUCAUGAAGAAGGCAGGUUAACUUCCAGCAUGACAGACUACGAGGAACGAAUCUGUAAUGGAAGUCCAAGGCAAAGUAAAGAGUCAAGUAGGUUAUUACAAGAGGUGCUGCUGAUGACUGCUGAAAAUUCAUAUGAUUCAG